AUGUCAGACCACGAAGACGCUUUGGAGAGCGAGCCUCCGAUCAUCAACCCUUACGAGGUCCUGAACCUGGAGAAAACCGCGACUAGCGAUCAGAUCAAGCAAGCAUACCGAAAGGCUGCCCUCAAGCAUCAUCCAGAUAAGGUGGCUCAGGACCAGAAAGAGACUGCGCAUGAGACUUUUCAGGCCAUCGCAUUCGCAUACGCCAUCCUUUCAGACCCCACUCGGCGCAAACGAUACGAUGAGACUGGCUCGACAUCCGAAUCCAUCGUGGAUUCUGAGGGAUUCAACUGGAGUGACUACUACCGGGAACAAUUUAGAGAAUCCGUUUCGGGCGAUGCCAUCGAGAAGUUUGCCAAGAAAUACAAGGGAUCCGAUGAAGAGAAGGGGGAUGUGCUGGAUGCCUACGAAGACUGUGAGGGCGACAUGGAUACGCUUUACGAGAGAGUCAUAUUGAGUGAUGUACUGGAAGACGAUGAGCGAUUCCGCGAUAUCAUCAACAAGGCCAUCAAGAGCAAGAAGGUGUCCAGCUUCCCAGCUUACACCAAGGAGACAAAGAAGAAGCGAGAAGGGCGCGUGAAAAAGGCUCGAGAAGAAGCCACGGAAGCUGAGGACUAUGCCAAGGAGCUUGGUGUACACGAUAAGCUUUUCGGUGAUAAGAAGGGGAAGAAAAGGGGCAAAGGCAAGGGAAGCUCGGAGGACGACCUAGCGGCGCUGAUCCAGAAGAGACAGAAGGAUAGGUCUGAGAGUUUCCUGGAUCAUUUGACUGAGAAGUAUGGGGCCAAGGAGAGUAAAGGAAAGAAGGGCAAAAAGCGGCCAGUUGAGGAUGAGCCGUCUGAGGAGGCUUUCCAGGCAGCUGCUUCUCGUCUGAAGGGUUCCAAGAGGUCAAAACGUUGA